CUCAAAGAAAAACAGGGGGAGUACAAAUUUGAUGUCCCAACCUUCGGUUGAACCCCAACAGUUUCAUGAAAGUGAUUCCGAACGCACUAUGUCAGCAUCGCCUACUUCAUACUCAAGUGAUAUGGAAGGAGGAUCACCUACCCCGAAUAUGGGUACAACAACACCUCUAACACACAAUUCGGAUCCAAACGACAAAAGGAUCUUCAUUCGUCCCAUUGGAAUUAAAGCGUUGGAGCCUUACGAUGGCCAUAGAAAAAUCAUAGAAAGCAUUACACGGUACUUCCCCGAGGCUUUCAAGACGUUUGGAAGUGCACCUCAAAGUAUGAGGGAUAUUUGGUCUAACGAAUACAAGAAAUCUUGCAAAUGGAAUCCAGAAGAUGAAGCAACCAUCCAAAAAAUAUAUGAGAAAAGUGCUGCCAAAAGACUUUCCGACACAUUGAGCCAAGUGCGUGCCAAUUUGAGAGAUGGUAAAUCACCACCGAAAUGGAUGUCUGAUGCGAUUCUAGCUCAGUAUCAUACCCUUUGGGAUAAUGCUGAUUUCAAAAGGCUAUCCGAGAAGAACAAGAAAAAUAGAAAUUCAGAUUGUGGUGGAAUGGGACCCUCGCUGCAUACUGGAGGUUCAAUCCCAAUGACUGAGCACAGACGAAGAUUAAAAGAGAAGCUCGGAGAGGAGCCAUCACACGCAGCUUUUUUUCAAGCUACACAUAAACGUAAAAACACCGAUAACUUUGUGUGCAAAAAAGCUCAACAUGUCAUGUUGAAAUAUUGA